CCAGCCGCAGCCGCCCGGCUCUCACUCAGCCCGCUGCGGCCGCGCACGUCGGGCCCGCGCCCAGCGGCUGGAGAUGCGGCGGGGCGCCGCGCUGUGCCUGCUCCUCGGGCUCUACCUCGGACUCCUGCACGGCCUGGUGAGAGGCUACUCCAUGACCCCCCCAACCCUGAACGUCACGGAGGAGGUGCACGUCAUCAACGCCAGUGACAGCCUAGCCAUCUCCUGCAGGGGACAGCACCCCCUUGAGUGGGCCUGGCCAGGGGCUCCAGAGGCACCAGCCACAGGGGAGAAGGACAGUGAGGACUCAGGGGUCGUGCAAGAUUGUGAAGGCACAGACACCAGGCCCUACUGCAAAGUGCUGCUGCUGAGCGAGACCCGGGCCAACAACACAGGCAGCUACCGCUGCUUCUACAAGUACAUCAGUGCCCGCAUUGAGGGCACCACAGCCGCCAGCACCUACGUGUUCGUGAGAGACUUUGAGCAGCCAUUCAUCAACAAAGCCAACACACUCCUGGUCAACAGGAAGGACUCCAUGUGGGUGCCCUGCCUGGUGUCCGUCCCUGGCCUCAACAUCACACUGCACUCGCAAAGCUCAGUGCUGCGGCCUGAUGGGCACGAGGUGGUGUGGGACGACCGCCGGGGCAUGCAGGUGCCCACAUCUCUCCUGCGCGAUGCGCUGUACCUGCAGUGUGAGACCAGCUGGGGUGGCCGGGACUUUUAUUCCAGCCCCUUUCUCGUGCACAUCACAGGCAAUGAGCUCUAUGACAUCCAACUGUUCCCUAAGAAGUCCCUGGAGCUGCUGGUUGGAGAGAAGCUGGUCCUGAACUGUACUGUGUGGGCCGAGUUCAACUCGGGUGUCACCUUCGACUGGGACUAUCCGGGGAAGCAGGCAGACCGGGGUAAAUGGGUACCCGAGCGGCGCUCCCAGCAGACUCACACAGAGCUCUCCAGCAUCCUGACCAUCUACAACGUCAGCCAGCAUGACCUGGGCCAGUAUGUGUGUGAAGCCAACAACGGCAUCCAGAAGUUCCGGGAGAGCACCGAGGUCAUUGUGCAUGAAAAGCCUUUCAUCAGUGUCGACUGGCUCAAAGGACCAGUCCUGGAAGCCACAGCCGGAGAUGAGCUGGUGAAAUUGCCCGUGAAGCUGGCAGCCUACCCCCCACCAGAAUUCCAAUGGUACAAGAACAGAAAGGCAGUGAUGGGACGCCACAGUCCACAUGCCCUGGUGCUCAAAGAGGUGACUGAGGCCAGCGCUGGCAUCUACACGCUCGCCUUGUGGAACUCCGCAGCCGGCCUGAGACAAAACAUCAGCCUGGAGCUGGUGGUGAACGUGCCCCCCCACGUCCACGAGAAAGAGGCUUCCUCCCCCAGCACUUAUCCCCGCCACAGCCGCCAGGCCCUCACAUGCACGGCCUACGGGGUGCCCCCACCUCUCCGCGUCCAGUGGCACUGGCGACCCUGGACACCCUGCAGGACGUUCGCUCAGCGCAGCCUCCGCCGACGGCAGCAGCGAGAUGGCAUGCCACAGUGCUUGGACUGGAGGGAGGUGACCAUGCAGGAUGCUGUGAAUCCCAUCGAGAGUCUGGACACUUGGACCGAGUUUGUGGAAGGAAAGAAUAAGACGGUGAGCAAGCUGGUGAUCCAGGACGCCAACGUGUCUGCCAUGUACAAGUGUGUGGUCUUCAACAAGGUGGGCCGGGACGAGCGGCUCAUCUACUUCUAUGUGACCACCAUUCCCGACGGCUUCAGUAUCGAGGUGGAGCCCUCUGAGGACCCCCUAGAGGGCCAGUCCGUGCGCCUCAGCUGCCGAGCUGACAACUACACGUACGAGCAUCUACGUUGGUACCGCCUCAACCUGUCCACGCUGCACGACGCUCAUGGAAACCCACUGUUGCUUGACUGCAAGAAUGUCCACCUGUUCGCCACACCACUAGACGCCAGCCUGGAAGAGGCCGCGCCGGGAGCGCGUCACACCACGCUCAGCCUGAGCAUCCCGCGAGUGGCCCCCGAGCAUGAGGGCGACUACGUGUGCGAGGUGCAGGAUCGGCGCAAUCAGGAGAAGCAGUGCCACAAGAAGUACCUGUCGGUGCAGGCCCUGGAAGCCCCCCGGCUCAUGCAGAACUUGACCGACCUCCUGGUGAACGUGAGCGACUCCCUGGAGAUGCGGUGCCCCGUGGCGGGUGCACAUGUGCCCAGCAUCGUGUGGUACAAAGACGAAAAGCUGCUGGAGGAAGAGUCUGGAAUCGACUUGGCAGACUCGAACCAGAAGCUCAGCAUCCAGCGCGUGCGCGAGGAGGACGCUGGCCGCUACCUGUGCAGCGUGUGCAACGCCAAAGGCUGCGUGAACUCCUCCGCCAGCGUGGCUGUGGAAGGCUCCGAGGAUAAAGGCAGCAUGGAGAUCGUGAUCCUCAUCGGCACGGGGGUCAUCGCUGUUUUCUUCUGGGUCCUCCUCCUCCUCAUCUUCUGUAACAUGAGGAGGCCAACCCACGCGGACAUCAAGACAGGCUACCUGUCCAUCAUCAUGGACCCGGGGGAGGUGCCCCUGGAGGAGCAGUGCGAGUACCUGUCCUACGAUGCCAGCCAGUGGGAGUUCCCGCGGGAGCGGCUGCACCUGGGGAGAGUCCUUGGCCACGGGGCCUUCGGGAAGGUGGUGGAAGCUUCUGCUUUCGGCAUCAGCAAGGGCAGCAGCUGUGACACCGUGGCUGUGAAAAUGUUAAAAGAGGGGGCCACUGCCAGCGAGCACCGCGCGCUGAUGUCGGAGCUGAAGAUCCUCAUCCACAUCGGUCAUCACCUCAACGUGGUCAACCUGCUAGGGGCAUGUACUAAGGCCAACGGCCCCCUCAUGGUGAUCGUGGAGUACUGCAAGUAUGGCAACCUCUCCAACUUUCUGCGCAUCAAGCGCGAGGCCUUCAGCCCCUACGCGGAGAAGUCGCCUGCGCAGCGGAGGCGCUUCCGCGCCUUGGUAGAGGGCACUGAGACUGAUGGGAGGAGACCGGCAAGCGGCGACCGGGCCCUGCUCACCCGGCUCCUGAUGGGCAAGGGAGGGGUGGGGCGGGCUCCUCCUGUCGGAGAAGCCGAAGACCUGUGGCUGAGCCCACUGACCAUGGAAGACCUUGUCUGCUACAGCUUCCAGGUGGCCCGGGGGAUGGAGUUCCUGGCCUCCCGCAAGUGCAUCCACAGAGACCUGGCUGCUCGAAACAUCCUGCUGUCCGAAAGUGAUGUAGUGAAGAUUUGUGACUUUGGCCUUGCUCGAGACAUCUACAAAGACCCUGACUAUGUCCGAAAGGGCAGUGCCCGGCUCCCCCUGAAGUGGAUGGCCCCUGAGAGCAUCUUUGACAAGGUGUACACCACACAGAGUGAUGUCUGGUCCUUCGGAGUACUGCUCUGGGAGAUCUUCUCACUGGGGGCCUCCCCAUACCCAGGGGUGCAGAUCAAUGAGGAGUUCUGUCAGCGGCUGAAAGAUGGCACCAGAAUGAGAGCCCCAGAACUGGCCACUCCCGCCAUACGCCGCAUCAUGCAGAACUGUUGGUCUGGAGAUCCCAAAGCGAGGCCUGCUUUCUCAGAGCUGGUAGAGAUCCUGGGCGACCUGCUUCAGGGAGGAGGCAGACAGGAGGAAGACGAGGACUGUAUGGCCCUGUGCGACUCCCAGAGCUCAGAGGACAGCAACUUCUUGCAAACAUCCACCACAGCCCUGCAUGUCACCGAGCUGGACAGUAGGGGCAGCCAACCAAGCAUGCAUCGCCACAGCCUGGCUGCCAGAUACUACAAUUGUGUGUCCUUUCCUGGAUCCCUGGCCAGGGAGGCUCAGACCCGGAGUCCCUCUAGGAUGAAGACAUUUGAAGAAUUCCCCAUGACCCUGACAACCUGCAAAGCCCCUGUGGAUAAUCAGACGGACAGCGGGAUGGUGCUGGCCUCUGAGGAGUUUGCAGAGAUAGAGAGCAGACACAGACAAGAAGGCGGCUUCAGCUGUAAAGCACAAGGCCAGGAGGUGGACGUGACUGCGGUGCACCCUGACCCCGGGGGGAGACGAAGUCGGCAGGACCAGGGAGUGCAAGGAGGCCAGGUGUUCCUCAAUAGCGAGUAUGGGGCGCUGCAGGGGCCUCUGGCAGAGGGCUGCCGAACCGCUGCAACCAGCACACCCUUGUCUUCUGACAGCAGCUACUGAGCAUCGCGCGACGCGGGCCCGUUGACCCUGGGCUCUGACGGCGGUGGCAGGGACAUCCCCAGCAGGCGAGGAGAGAGUUGGAGGCCUGGGCUGGACCAUCGUGUCCUUCAGCUCUGACCCUGAGGAGCCUCCUCCGUCCCCUCCAGGAUCUGGAAUCCUGUCCCCUUCCCUGUCGUGAGCCCCGCCCUCCAGGUGCUCCCAGCCCCUUCUCAGAUCCAGAGCCACGUACCCAGGUGACCUUGUCCAUGGGUGCUGGCCCUGAACAGGCCUCUCCUAGGGCACUGGCUCAUAGUCGCUCCCUUCACCAUGGACAGUGGGUGACACAGGCCCCCUGUCCUGGACACAUGUCUGGACUCAUGUGGGCUGGAGGUAGAGCUCCUUCUGAGCACAUCUCCCAGCCCCUGCCCCAAAGCUGUGCACCAAAUCUGCCUCCCCUUCCUCUGGGAAAAAGCAUGCUUUACCCCUCCCAGAAGCUGCAGAGAGCCGUGUCUGUGUUUUCUGUCACAGCAGCAAAGGAGGAAUUGGGAGUAGGUUGCUCUCCUGAGCCCACCAACGGCUUCCUGACUGCUGGGGUGACCCAGUUCCAGAAAGGGAGGCAGAAGCAGCCUGAGUGUGCAGAAUUGUCCCACAGACACUUCCUUCCACUAGAACUUCAGGACUCUCAGCUUCUGUGAUGAGUUCAAUUUUCAAAACUUCAGCUGGAAGUGGACCCACUUUUUUUUUUUAACUGAAAUUAGGCAGUUUUUGGCUAAGACACUGCAGUCCACAUAGCUUGUCUUUCUUAGAAGAUCCCCAACCGUACAUGCCCAGUCCAGAAUCAAGAACCAACCUGUGGCCCAGAGCAGCCCCUUCUGGCUUUCUUCCUGGGACCUGAUUUUCCGUCCCAGUGCCUCCAAGACUUGAGCACUGUGGGUUCCACCCAGGAAGGCAUCAGGGCUGGCACAGAGACAGUGUGGCCCAGUGCUCACGGCAGUGAAGAUACACCUGGGACCUAUCUUUGGGAGGACCCUCCCCUUCCUUUUGCCUUCCCUCUGUGCCCACACUGGCACUUUUGUUCCCAUGGAGGAGCAACCAAGCCCCCCAGGAGUGAGAUCAUUCUGCCCAGACCCUGUCCCAGUUUACAUGAUUCCCCUCCCUGCCAAGAGAAAGCCCCUCCUCUGGUCAGCAACGCAGAACGCAGCCCCACCCCCCUUGCCCAAGACGCUUGCAGGACAGGCAGCUGCAGCAAGUGAGGUCUCCGCUGCAGACUCCCCCGCAGGGCACACUGCCACUCCGCGAGACCAUGGUGCAGGUGUGACUGGUCCUCGCUGACCCCGGGCUGCCUUCUGCGUGGCACCUGGCCUUGACUCACCCGGGGAAAGUUGAAAGGAUGCUGUGUCUCUGUGGACUGAAACCAGCAACGCGGGGCACAGCCCCCCACCCCGUGUGCACCUCUUCCUCGGCCGGCCACCUCUCCCCUGUCAUGUAACUGCACACCCUGCGAUGGGCUGGAGAAGAAAACCCACUGCACCCUUGUAGACAUGUUCUCCGAAAGAUCUAAAAUAUUUAACAAAAGAUAAUAAUAAAGCAGAUGCCAGUCUCUGAGUCAC